UCUGACGGAGCUGUCUCCCUGCCACCAGCAUUUUGUUGUUUGGUCUUUAGAUGACUAGAGAUAGAACAAUGCAUGAACACAGAUACAUAAACUGUGUGACUGAUUUCACUGAGCACUGUCACAUCUCAGAAUUUCCUAGAAGGAUUCAUGAGUCAAAAAUUUACUCACUGAAGCAUUAUAUUACACAAACCUAAUGAGAUAACAGAGAAAAUAUUUAUACUCAAGGAAAUAGUGUGCAGCUGUUCACAGCAUGUUGCAUAGAAAUAUUUUGACAUGGGAAAGAGUUUCUGAUAUGUUUCUAAAUGAAAGAAAUAGGUAAACUAGCAACAUUCGCUGAUAUAUGUAUAUAUUUAAAUUCAGGAUACUCGUGAAAAUGUAGAGUAAAAUGGUAUAAUUGUAUAUACACAUUAUUAAUAAUGCUCAUUUGGUUUUUUUCAGGGUAUGACCUCUUUAGUCUUAAAUAGAGUUUCAUCAUGUUUUUCUAAGAGAGUUUUGAGACUUGGUGUCAGAUGCUCAUACAAGCCCUGCCCUUUAUCACACUUCAGUUCUUGACCAGCUUCCUUUAAGGAAUGGGGGGAAACCGGUCAUGGGUCACAGAGUUCGUGCUGCUGGGAUUCCAGCUCAGUGCACAGACGGAACUGCUCCUCUUCUGGGUCUUCUCCCUGCUCUACACCUGCAGUCUGCUGGCAAACGGCAUGAUCUUUGUGCUCAUCUGUCUGGACCAGAGAUUACACACCCCCAUGUACUUCUUCCUCUCCCACCUGGCCAUUAUUGACGUGUCCUAUGCUUCCAACAAUGUCCCCAAGAUGCUGGCAAACUUAGUGACCCAGAAUAGAACCAUCUCCUUUGUCCCAUGCAUCAUGCAGACAUUUUUGUAUUUGGGCCUUGCUGAUGCAGAGUGCCUGAUUUUGUUGGCGAUGUCCUAUGAUCGGUAUGUGGCCAUCUGCCACCCCCUCCAGUACACGGUCAUCAUGAGCUGGACUAUGUGCAUGGUACUGGCUGCCACUUCCUGGUCAUUUGGGUUUGUCUUGGCUCUGGUACAUGCGGUUCUCCUUGUAAGGCUCCCAUUCUGUGGGUCUUGGGAAGUCAACCACUUCUUCUGUGAGAUUCUGUCUGUCCUCAAGCUGGCCUGUGCUGACACCUGGCUCAACAAAGUGGUCAUCUUCGCUGCUGCUGUCUUGCUCUUAGUCGGGCCCCUGUGCUUGGUGCUGGUCUCCUACACACACAUCGUCUGGGCCAUCCUGAAGAUCCAGUCUGGGGAGGGCCGCAGAAAGGCCUUCUCCACCUGCUCCUCCCACCUCUGUGUGGUGGGGCUCUUCUUUGGCAUAGCCAUGGUGGUUUACAUGGUCCCUGACUCCAGUCAACGAGAGGAGAAGGAGAAAAUACUGGCCUUGUUUUACAAUCUCUUAAAUCCGAUGCUAAACCCCCUCAUCUACAGCCUGAGGAACGCCCAGGUGAAGGACGCCUUGUGUAAGGCCCUGCAGGUGAGGGCCAGGUGAAGGGAGAACUCAGAGAGUUUUCCCAAUUAGAAGUUUCAUAUACAAAUAGUAAUUGUUCAAAUUCUAGCUCUGAAAAUAGGGUAAACUUCCAUGGAAGAGCAUAGCUUUUAAAGUUGUAUGGGAAAACCAAAUUAUUAGAAUUUUUAGUUUUUCUUUUAAAAAACAUAGUGAAUUCUCAUUUUCUCAAGCCAGGAAUAUUACAUGGAGAAGAAAUUAAAUGUGAGAAAAUUAUAUCAACACACUUCUGUGGCUUAGAUAUUUGACUUCUUAUCGCCUUGUGGUAGUUGGCAACAGCACAAUAAACAUGAUGCCCUAUGAGAGAACCUCCAAAGUGGACUGAAAUUUUACUACAGAAAAUACUGCAGAGUUAUAUGAACCUGCCUCACCAGUUGUGUGGUGAAUGAAAUGAAAGUUUAAAGAAACUCUAAAUUCCUUCAUGAAGUAAUUUAGUAGCCAAGGGGAAAAGUUAGGGAAAUGUGUAGUACAACAAGAAACUAUGUAAAAAAUCCUAAAAUGUCUUAAAGGUCAAAUGAAGGAAAUGUAUCAGUAAUAUUUAAGUGGUUCUAUAGGUAAACAUUUUGAGCACUACUCAAACUUUACAUUUAUUCUUGGGUUAUGGUAAUUUCUAACAGAGCGAGAUUAAAUCCCCUGUUGAAGUUCUUGACAUUUGUCCCACCAAUAUUUUCUCAGUGUCUGAACCCCUCAGCUGAAGAUGGCUUGAGGUGGCAGCAAGCAGCACAAGACAACUGUGACAGAGCUGAGUAGGCAAGGGGGGAAGGGAUGUGGUGGGAGAGGAUGCUGGGGAAGUGAAUCCCUUCACCUUUUCACCCAGCCCCCACCCCCUCCCUCUGACAGCUGUCAUCUGUUCUCUGUAUCUAUGAGUCUGUUUCUAUUGUGUAUGUUAG